CCUCUCUACGUCACCAGUGGUUUUUCGGGUUGAUCCGACUUCUUUUGGCUGCCGUGAGUUCACUGUAUUGUAAAAGGGAACAGUGAAUCCGAGGAGGAGGAGGAGGGGGGUUGAUUUGCCAAAAAAAAAAAAAAAAAAAAAAAAAAAAAAAAAAAAACCUCCCGACUGGGCUCACAUCCGGAGUCUCGACGAUCAUAAUUCAUCGCACCUUUUCUUUUUGUUUUACCUUUUAAGUUACGGAGUUUUAUUGUUUUUUUUUAUUAUUAUUAAUUUAUUCGAGUCUCCUCUUUAGUUUAUGGUUUACGUUAACACUCCGGGAGGGCAGAAAUGGCGGCCAACAUGUACCGGGUCGGAGAUUAUGUAUUUUUUGAGAACUCCUCCAGUAACCCUUACCUGAUCCGCCGGAUAGAAGAACUCAACAAGACGGCCAGCGGUAAUGUGGAGGCCAAGGUGGUGUGUUUCUACAGAAGGCGAGACAUUUCCCACAGCCUCAUCCAGCUCGCAGACAAACAUGCAAAGGAGUUGGAAGAAGAGAAGGAAAGUCCGACGGAGACGGACCUAACAGACAAACAGAAACACCAGCUUCGCCACAGAGAGCUCUUUCUUUCACGGCAGUACGAGAGUCUACCUGCGACACACAUCAGGGGGAAGUGCAGUGUUGCAUUACUGAAUGAGACCGAAGCCGUUCUUUCAUACCUCGACAAAGAGGAUACGUUCUUCUACUCGCUGGUGUACGACCCGACACAGAAAACCCUCCUGGCCGACAAAGGAGAGAUCAGAGUGGGACCUCGCUUUCAGGCAGACGUACCUGAGAUGCUACAAGAAGGUGAGGCAGACGACAGGGACCAGUCCAAGCUAGAAGAGAAGCUGUGGGAUCCAGAGUGUCCACUCACCAACAAACAGAUAGACCAAUUCCUAGUGGUGGCACGAGCGGUGGGGACCUUUGCUCGAGCGUUGGACUGUAGCAGUUCAGUCAGACAGCCGAGUUUACACAUGAGUGCAGCUGCAGCCUCACGAGAUAUCACACUGUUCCAUGCGAUGGACACGCUGCAUCGUCACAACUACGACCUGUCCAGUGCGCUCAGUGUGUUGGUCCCGGCGGGCGGCCCGGUGCUCUGCAGGGACGAGAUGGAGGAGUGGAGCGCAUCAGAGGCGGCCAUGUUCGAAGAGGCGCUAGAGAAAUACGGAAAAGACUUCAAUGACAUCCGACAAGACUUUCUGCCAUGGAAGUCUCUGACAAGCAUCAUAGAGUACUACUACAUGUGGAAGACCACAGACAGAUAUGUGCAACAGAAGAGACUGAAGGCGGCAGAAGCCGAAAGCAAACUAAAGCAAGUUUACAUCCCCACAUAUAACAAGCCCAACCCCAACCAGAUCUCUAUGACCAACGGCAAGAUGGCGACGGUGAACGGAGCCGGCCCCGGGGCCUUCCAUGCAGCAGGCGGGGGCCGAGCCUGCGAGAGCUGCUACACCAUGCAGUCAGCCCAGUGGUACUCAUGGGGGCCCCCAAACAUGCAGUGUCGCCUGUGCGUCUCCUGCUGGAUGUACUGGAAGAAGUACGGCGGCCUGAAGAUGCCAAGCAGAGCGGAGGCCCCAGAGGAGAGGACCUCCCCUAGCCCGGCAAGCACUGAGCCUCGCUCUCGGGGUCACGGCCCCCGCCAGUCCAACCACAUGGUGCCGAUGAGAAACAGCGGCAGCCCCAAGUCCUCCAUGAAGACCAAGCAGGCCUUCCUGCUGCAGGCCACCCGCCUCACCAAGCUGGCCCGUCACAUGUGCCGCGACAUCAUCAGGCUGCGCCGUGCCGCACGCCGGCCCUUUGUGCCCAUUAACUGUGGGGCCAUAAAGGCAGAGUACAUGUUAAGGGUGUCGGAAGGGCAGGGGACCCGCCUACCCAAAACCAGAGCAGCCCAAAGGAGCACUCUGACCAGUGUUGUGCAGUUUCUAGAGUCACGUCCAGCAGCCCACACCCCUCGCUCACACCGCACCCCGGGCCUGCAGACGCCUCCGCCGAGACGCCUCCUCUCCUCUCUCCCACAUGGCCCUCACGGCAUGCUGGGAAAACGCAGUUACCAUCACCACAGCAGGGCUGAGCCGGACAGGCGCUCAGAGAACCCAGGUACAACAGCUGGACCCCUCCUGCAUAACGGCCGCAGCAGUAGCAGUGGAAACACCCGAGGCGGAAUGAUGAUCCGCAAGAGACGCCCUAACUGGAUCGAUGCCCCUGAUGACAGCUUCUUCCUUGUCAACCGGGAGACCAGGAGGGCCAGGCGGCUGCUGUCCCGCUCCCAGCUGAGGCACGCAUGCCGGCAGCCCUGCGAGCAAAUUACCCUGCGCAGAGUCUCCCAGGGCCAGCCGCAGGGGCUCGUCCUUGCCCCUCCGCACCCUCACCCGAGCCUGAGGAUGCGAGGCCCCAUCGUCAUCCACGACUGAACACAGGACACUCCACAACCCUACUGACCCUUCCUGCAUACACACACACACACACAAACAAAUUCUCACGCCCAUUUUCUCUCGUUAAAUCCUCCUUUGCUUUUCGAUCCUUAAAUGCUGUUACCAUGACAACGCAUCAAACUAAUUGGAAACAGAGGGAUGUGAUGAGCUGUGAUGCAAUAGAAACAUACACCUGCACUUGACUGCAAGUGCUGACUGUCUUUCAUCCCCUGGGAAUGUGUUUGUUUGUGUACAUACUGUAUUCGAGUGCAUGUGAGCGUGUGGCAGAGAGUGUGUGUGUGUGUGAGUGUGUAUGUGUGUGUGUGUGAGAUAAUGCCGUCAACAAAGGGGUUGUGUGCUGUUUUUUCUUUUUAUGGAUGGACUUAACGACAGAACUUUGUGUAACCUUUGUGUUGAUGGUGAAUUGUAGUGAAGUUUUACGAGUUUGUAUAAAGUUGGUAAAGGGCGUGGGGGCUUUUGAGGGGGGCAUGGGGCAUCAUCAGCGACUGUAUAUAAGAAGUUGACGUAGCAACCAGAUGUCACCCAUUGGUUUGUGGACUACCAUAUCACUACAAGAUAUAAGCUAACAGUACAGCUAGCUUUGUUAGCAAGGUGAAUUGUUACGCUUAUAUUAAAUAGCACAACAAAUCAGGCUUUAAAGAAAAUGUAUUUAUCGUAAAAAAACAAUAAACUACCAAGUCCUUCCCAAGCAUGUCUUUAGACAAACCAAAAUGCUGAACACAUUUUUUUUCAGGUUGUCAUAGAAACAACAGCCAAUCACAAGGUGGCCACACCAUGAACAAUUCAUUGCUUUAUCAUUUAUUUUCUUAGAUAAGCUGUAAUUUAAAAAAAAAAAUGAACCCCAUGCAGUAUUAUUAUAGACUUGAAUAAAUAGAGUUACUAUAACAGUGUUUACUGAGGGGGAAAAUCAAGUGAGCGCUCGGGUUAAUUCCUUUUAGAUUUUCAAAUCUGACUUUUGUUAUAGAAUCUCCUCUUGCUUGCCAUUACAAAAAGUGCAUGUUUAAAUCACUUCUACACUGGCUUCACUUUUCAGACCCCGAGGCUACGUCCACUUUUUGUAAACAGUCUAUGGGCUGGAUUUGGAUGGGAGGGUGUUCUUUUUUCUUUUUCUUUGGGGGGGGGGGUGUUCUUUAACCUUUUGAGAAGAGGCAAAUGUCCAACGCUGACGUUAAAAAGAAAAUGCACUACUAUAUGAAGACUGAACUAGCUGCCUUUUUAAAACUAGAAAUGGCUGCUUUGAAAUAUGUUUUAAUUGCAGGUUUUUUUUCACGCUGUCCUCGAAGUCUAAAUCAAUGAGCUGGUGUUGACAAAUUAUGACCCACAGACAUUUUUCCACAAACUUUAUCCAAGAAGCUGCAAGUCUGAAAACAUAACGGGACAAAGAAAAUAGAGCCAGCUUACAUUAAACAGCAUAAGCCUCCCUCAGUGUAAAAUAUAUUGUAUAUCUCAUUACAACACUGUAAAUCUACUCAUCCUAUUUCUAUGGCCGACUGUACCUACCUAACCCUACCAUGGGUACUAAAGCACUUCCUUUGCAGCAGAAAAAGGGCAUGGAUCCGUCAUAUUUACCAGGCUCUGAUGUAAAAAAGCAACGUUUUGAGGCACAAAGAUGAGAAAAUGUUUGGUGGCAGCUGUUUGCUAGCAUGUUUUCUUCAUCUAUUCACGCAGCGGCUGUAUUCAUCAGACAACACACUCAGGGUGGGAAGCUCAAAUAUAAUGUUGUGCUACUGUGUUCCAGGUUGUAUGUCGGAUAAAUUAAGUGUAGGAACAACUGAGAAGUCACAAAAAAGAAUCAACUGUAAAGACUGAACAGCAAAGUUAGCAUGUCACCCAUUCCUAACUAGCUAACAGUAUUAUUAGCGGCGUACUUAAGGUUUUUGCACACCAAUUUUUUUUUAUCUGGAUGGAUUUUUUUGGAUCCUUAAUCCACCUCCAAAUAGAAAUGUGUGCACAGAAACCCUGCGCACUGGGUCGAAUGCGUUUAUUUUUCUAUUUAUUGCGAAAUUUCGCCGGGGGGCUACGAGACAAAAUGGAAUCAUCGAGCAGUGAAGAAGAUUUUGUGGUUCUUUCCAUCCUUGAUAAAAACACAGGGACACACACGAACUGCGAAAAAAACGUAGGAAAGCAAAGCUAUUUGAAAAAUUUAAAAAAUAACGGAUGAAAGUUUUGGAGUUAGUGUGGAAACAAAAUUGACCCAACAUGAGAUCCCGUUUCUUUUUAAACACGCUGUACAUGUUGGAUGAAAGUGUGCAAAGGCCUUGAGUUGUUAAGUUGGCAUACAACAGCUUAGUAGAUAUUCAACUACCUUCUGGCUAACUCCAAUAUUACCAAGAAUCUAUCUAGUUAGCAGCUAUGAAAGAAUUCAACCACCUCCAAGCUAACAGUAGCCUCAUGUUAGGUAGGGAAGUGGUUGAAUCCUUACGUUGCUGACAGUCUGACAGUUUUGUUUCUAGCUAGCAUUACUGUUCGCUAAGAAUUUGCUCUUUUCUAAUUAAAUUGUGCAGCACUGUGAAAUGGUCGUCUUAACAUUCAGACACUUCCAAGCUAAUGUAAACUAUGAAGUGUGUGAGUGAGUACUAAAGCUUGCUGCUGUUUGAGUUUCCAACUAUCUUUAUUUUAAGCUUGUUUCAAGUUUAUACUGUUCAAUAUCCAUUACCUUUUAAAUUGCUGAAACAGUUCUGAUUUUCUCCAUGUGUAGGACUUACAACCUGGAGCACAGCGCUAAAGCAUCAUACAAGAACUUGAGUUUCCCAGCCGAAGUGUUAUGUCGGAGGAAAAUGGCUGCCAGCAGUCACGUUUAUCCGGUUAUUAAAGCUCCCUCUAUCAUUGCCAGAGGGCGUUGCCUCAAAAAGUUGCAGAUUUACCCAUCCAGCCUUCAGGUGUGUUUAGUUAUGAGUUUUAGAAAUCUGGCAUCGCCACCGCAUGUCUUUGAGGUGAGAGCCACCUCUGACCAAUUGGGUCAAUUGAUCUCUUCUCUUUCAUUCAGAAUGUUUAUGUUAGUGUUUACUGUAUGUCAUGUGUUGAAUUAUGAAUAUGCUGAGAACAAUAAAAAAAAACAACAACAACACAA